CAGUUUUCUGCACUCAGUAAUAACCAUAACCUCAAUAUCGCUGUAAAAAAAACAAUUUUGAAAAAUGUCGAAAGAAAUAAAUCUAACAUCAGAACUUGCAAUUACAAUACUCAGUAAAGUACUCGAUCAAUUACAAGAAUCUUCCAACGUGCAAAAGUUGGAGGAAGCCAAAGACAAUGUCGGCAAUGAAAUGUUAAAAAUGAUGCAGUACAUCUUUCCAAUUGUAAUGCAAGUAGAAAUGGACGUAAUAAAAGACUUUGGUUUUCCAGAGGGACGAGAAGGUAUCGUGAAGUUUGCACAACUACUUCGAACCGUAGAAAGGGAGGACAUCGAAGUCGCUCGAGUGCACGGUUUAAUUAAAGCGUAUUAUCUACCGCCAGUAUCCGUGAAUGCCACUAACGAAACUACUAACGAUGAUAGGGUGGGAUAGUAUAUUAUUGUACAUUUUUUAAUGCAAUCAAAGGGUAUACGUUCGUUUUUGUGUUUUAAGAGUAGCGGAGGCAGAGCAUGCUUGUUGGAGUAACACUCUUUUUUCAGUGCAUCAAUAAACAAACGAAUACUAAAAUAAGUAUUACUAUUACCUUUUAACUUAUAUAAGUAUAUAUACCUAUUUAACUCCAUGCUUAUGUUGUUUUAUACACUAAUUACAUCCAUCAUAUUUUAUAUACGAUUGUAUGUUAAAACAUAAAUGCAUUUACAAAUAAAAGAAACAAAGUAA